CUCGAUGUGGCGGAGCCACCGAACGCGCUGUCCGCGCCGACCUGGGCGAUCCACACGAGCUCCCUCGUCGAGUGGCUCGUCGCCAUGGGCCUCGCGUGGCGCUACGCCGAGGCGUCGGCGACGCCCGCGUGGCGCGGCGUGACCUGGGGCAUGCUCCCGCUGCACACGUCGGGCAUCGUCGCGUGCUGCUACCACCUCUUCUACAACGCGCCGGACCUGGCCUGGUGCGUCGCGCUGCAGGCGGGCUGCACGUGCCUCGGGAACACGACGCUCGCCUUCGCGUGCUACCGCCUC